GGGGCGGGAGGCGGCCCCCCCCGCCCAGCCCGCCCCCCGGCCGGACCCCCAGGCCCCAUGGCGGCGCAGGAGCUGAGCCGGUCGCAGGUGUGCGGGAUGCUGCGGCAGGAGCUGCGCCGCGGCGGCACCUUCCUCCAGGGCGACCCCCACGUCUUCAUCAUCCUCGGCGCCUCGGGCGACCUGGCCAAGAAGAAGAUCUACCCCACCGUCUGGUGGCUCUUCCGCGAUGGGCUGCUCCCGGACGACACCUACGUGGUCGGCUUCGCCCGGACGCCGCUCAGCGUGGCGCAGAUCCGCCAGCAGAGCCAGCCCUACCUCAAGGCGACGCCGGAGGACGGCCCCCGCCUCGACGCCUUCUUCGCCCGCAACAGCUACGUGGCCGGGCAGUACGGCGAGGCGGGCGCCUUCGAGCGGCUCGACGAGCACCUGCGGGCGCUGCCCGGCGGCGCCCGCGCCAACCGCCUCUUCUACCUGGCCCUGCCGCCCAGCGUCUACGCGCCCGUCACCCGCCACAUCCGGCAGGCCUGCAUGGGGCAGGGCUGGAACCGGGUGAUCGUGGAGAAGCCGUUCGGGCGCGACCUGGCCAGCUCCAACGCCCUCUCGGACCACAUCAGCGGGCUCUUCCGCGAGGACCAGAUCUACCGCAUCGACCACUACCUGGGCAAGGAGAUGGUGCAGAACCUCAUGGUGCUGAGGUUCGGCAACCGCAUCUUCGGGCCCAUCUGGAACCGGGACAACAUCGCCUGCGUCGUGCUCACCUUCAAGGAGCCCUUCGGCACCGAGGGCCGCGGCGGCUACUUCGACGACUUCGGCAUCAUCCGGGACGUCAUGCAGAACCACCUGCUCCAGAUGCUCUGCCUCGUGGCCAUGGAGAAGCCGGCCUCCACCGACCCCGACGACGUGCGCGACGAGAAGGGCCUGCGAGGUGUUUCUGUUGCUGCUGAAAUGCUUCCUGAGCAAUCCAGAGCCUUUCGGAGACGCUUUGUUGGGCCUUCAAGGGGUUCCGGAGCCUCUUUGGUGUUCUGGAGCCUCUUUGAAGGUGUUCUGGAGCCUCCUCGGGGGCCUUCAAGAGGUUUUAGAGCCUCUUUGGGUGUUCUCAAGAGGUUUUAG